AAAUCUCUAGCGCUGCAGGACCUGCUUUGGGGGUGCACGCAAAUGCAACCCCUGGCGUCACGCGAAGGCGCAGACCUCCUGAUGGUUGAUUCGACCUGAGCAAGUGCACAAUUGGCGCUAGCAAGCCACAUGGAUGCCCUGCUUGCGGACACCAACGUCGCUAGCGGGCAGCAAGCGGAGCCCCCUCCGCGUCGGAACCCACGUAAGAGCGGCGCCGGGCAGCGCGCUAGCAGGGGCGGCGACAGGUCGCAACAGCAGCAGCAGCAGCAGCAGCAGCAGCAGCAGCAGGCAAGACACCCGCAACAACACGACCAGGGAGCGCGACCAGCAGAACCAGGUCCGGGGGCCGCAGUGCGGCAUGGCAACGGCUCGGGAAAGUCUCCACCGCCGACGACCCAGAUCGCAGCCACGACCCCGCCGCCCCAGCCGCACCCGCAGCCGCAGCCGGGCGAAUCAUCAGCCAUGGCUCGCGGCGCCGCCGCACGCAACCAGCCCGCAGGCAGCAGGGACGGAGAUGGCGCCGUGCUGUGGCCGGCGCCACCACAGCGGCAGCGGCAGCAGCAGCGGCAGCAGCAGCAGCGGUGGUAUCAGGCGCAGGCUACUCCACUGCAGGCCGGCACGGGGGAGCAGCUGCCGCCGCCACCGCCACCACCACUGCCCUCGCAACAGCAGCAACAGCAGCAGCAGCAGGUACAGCAGGCGCAAGCGACGCGGCGGAGUCAGCGAAAGCACGUGCCGCCGUCUCGGUUUGUGGAGGACACCGACGGCGGCUUGGCUCACCCACCGCUACGCUCACACGCCGCACAGCAGCUGCAGCCCCUGCCGCCGCAACGGCUGCUGCCUCAGGCGGGUGCGGCGCCGGCAGGCGUGUCUGGCGCCCGGCGCCCCGCGGCACCCGCGCCGACACCCGCACCCGCAGCGGCGCACAAGCGCGCACGUGCAGUGCAGACGGCGACGGCACCCGAGCACCUCACCACCGCCACCACCAGCACCACCACCAGUACUGCGCGCGGUCAGCACAAGCACACAGCCACUGCGGCGGCGCGCGCCGGCACCCACACCCGCCCCGUCGCUGCUGCCACCGGCGGGCCGCCAGCCGCAGCGGCGCCACGUGACCCGCUCAUCACCAGACCAGGCGCUGGAAACGCUGGAGCAGUCCAGGGGCCGCGGCAGCCUCCGACCAAACGCCCGCGCGUGGCGCCCUCGGAUCUCCUGCCACAGCCGCAGCCCCUGCCACAGCCCCUGCCUCUGCCACAGCCUUGGCAGCCGCUGCCAACCGGGGGACCUGCUGGCACUGCUGCUGGCCGCACCGCCGGCCUGCAGCCCGCCCGCUUCGGCCCAGCAGCGCCCUACUCGUCUGCGCCCUACUCGUCUGCGCCCUACUCGUCUGCGCCGUGGUCCUCGGCGCCAGCACCGGCGCCGGCUUUGACCCGGCCGCCCGCGACAGGGCCGCCGCUGCACGCUGCGACAACUGGGCCGGAGGCAGCGGCGGCGUCUGCGAGCCAGCGGCCUCACACCUUCAGUCCUUCCUUUGCUCCCGAGGUGGACGUGGAGCUGAUCCGCCAGCAGUACGGCUUCAUCCCCGGAUCACCCGCAGCCGGCGGCGGCGGCGGCGGCGGCGGCUGGGCCUCACCUGCCGGUGGCUGGCCCGGUCCCGCAGCCGGGCCGCUGCCGGCGCUUGUCGCGCCGCGCUACGCGCUCUUCGGGCCUCCUGCGGCUGUUGAUCCAGGCGGCGGCAAUGGCGGCGGCGGCGGUGGCGGCGGCAAUGGUUGUGGCGGUGGCGGUGGUGCGGGCUCGCCACCGCGCAGCAGUGUGGUGCCUUGGCGCGCGGUCCAGGGGCAGCAGCGCCGGGCGCCGGCCCAUGGGGCUUUGAUGGACGUGGGUGCGCUGCUGGGUGGUGGCGGCGGCGGCGGCCAUGGCGGCGGCGGCGGCGGUGGGGGGUUGGGGCUGCGGCCUGUGCUGUCGCCCCCGCGGCCCUUCAGCUACGCCGCAGCUAUGGCGCAACUGUUGCCGCCGGCUGCCCCACAGCAGCAGCAGGAGGAGAUGCUGCAGCAGCAGCUGAUGCAAAUGCGGACGCGGCUUGGGUUGGUGCCGUUUCAGCCGCAGCAGCAGCUACAACCUCCAGCGUAUGCCGUAGCGUCAGCACCGGAGUACGGUGUAACCAUGGGGCUGGCGGAAGAACCGCAGGAGCCCACACCGCUUGACAGCACAGGCGCCGGCGGGGCCCUGGCUAGCGGACUGGGUGGCAGCGGUGUUGGUGGUGGUGGCGGUGGCGGUGGCGCACACGCGGCGCCGCCGCUACUCCUGAGGCUCCUGCCGUCGGGGCGGCAUCUCACGGGGCUGCCCCGACCUGUCGGGUCACCCCACUGGGAAGAGCAACAACAGCCGCAGCCUCAGCAGCAGGAGCAGCAACAGCAACAGCAACAGCAACAGCAACAGCAACAGCAACAGCGGCCCGCGCUGCAGCCAUUGGGCCGCGACGGCCGCGAUGGCGUUGCGGCGGCAGCAGCACCCACGGCAGGACCGGAGACAGGAUCGGCGGCAGUAGCACCGGCAGUAGCACCGGCAGUAGUAGCACCGUCGGCAGUAGCACCGGCGGCCGACGAGCUGCAGCGCAGUGACACGCUGCUGGACAGCCUAAUCGGCGGCGGCUCGCUCUUCCUGGCGCACGGCGAGAGCCUGGGGCAGCAGCUCGACGCACUGCUGUCGCCGCCGCCGGGGCUGAUCUCGCCGGCGCUGCCUGCUCUGCUCAUGUCGCCGCCGCCGCCGCCGCCGCGGAUGCCCCGGAUGGAGCUGCGGCCGCAUGCAACCGAGGCGGCUGCGUCGGAACCGGCAGGGCCAGUCGGAGCUGCUGCGGGGAGCCCGCUGGGGCGGUUGCGUGGUGCCGGCACCUGUCGCAACGCGACAACGCAGUCCGCGUUUGCGACAGGUGCGGCGCGAGUUUCCGCCGAAGGCGCGGCGCAGCCGCCAGAGGCCGAUGCACACCUUAGUGGCGACAACGGCGGCGGCGGCGGUGGUCCCUAUGAAGCUGACGCCGACGCCGACGCCGACGGCGAUGCCGAUGCCGACGCCGACGAUGCGGACGUGUACGGCGGCCUGUCCCCCAUGAUGGGCUCCGGCAGCAGCCUGAGCGGGCAGCUAAUGGGGUCCCUGAGCAUGGGCGGCCUCAGCGAGUUGCUGCAGGGCCUGGCCUCGCCGCGUCCGGCAGUAGCAGUAGCAGCAGCAGUAGCAGGCAGGCUGACGCCGCCGCUGCAGCAGCUGCCGCAGGCGCCGUCGGCAGCGACGCCGCUGCCUGGUGCAGUUGCAGGCGCAGGUGCUUGUGCAGGUGCAGAUGCUGGUGCUGGUGCUGGUGCAGGUGCCCCGGCGGCGGCGGUGGCGGCGGCGUGCACGCCACCGCCUCCGACUUGUGCUGUCGCAGGCCGCACUGCGUCACUUGCGCCCCCCAUUGGGCUGCAGCUGUUGAGGUCUGCGUCAGCCGUACCGGCGGGGCGGGCAUCGCCGCAGCAGCAGGCUGGCUCCGGCGCUGGUGCCUUCGGCUUGAGUGGCCCGGGCGGCUCGCGGCAUGGGCAGCAGCUCCAGCGCACGCCGCCGAGGCUGCAGCAACCGCCGCAACCGCAACAGGAGCAGCAGCAGCCGUCGCUGUUGCGUCAUGCGCAGCAGCCGCCACAGCUGCAGCCGCCACAGCUGCAGCCUGCGGCCACCACGGACCCACUGCUGACCUCCCCCUUCACCGCAGCUCUGGCGGCGAUGGCGGCGGCACCAACAGCGGCGGCGCCCACGGCGGCGGGAUCCACGCAUGCACCCUCGCCCGACGGCCCCACCACUCCCGGUCUGCAGCAGCAGCAGAUGGGUGCCGCUGGCGCGGGUGCUGGUGCCGCGGCUGUUACGUGCACAAGGCAGCAGCACCCGCACUUGCCCGAACCUACAGCACUCGGGGCUGAGCCGGGCGCCGCCAGCCCGCCGGCUGCCGCUGCUGCCGGCAAUCAGGGCCUUGCUGCAGGUGCUGCCGCUCCAUCGGCGGUGGCGGCGCGGGCGGCGGCGGCGGCGGCGUCUGCAUUAAUGCCGCCGCCGAUGAGCCCGCCGCCACCCAAGAAGCGACGUAUGUUGCAGCCGGCGGCGGCUGGAGGCGGCGGUGGGGCAGCGGCGCCUGGCCAAGGUGGAGGGGACAUCUCGCCGCCGCAGCUGGUGUCGACUCCGGCCGGCAGCAGCAAUGCUACUACCAGUAACAGGCCGGUGGGUGUGGCACGUGCGGCUGCCGGUGGGGGCGGUGGCGCGCCCGAUGCGCAGCAGCCCGGAGACGGCGGAAUAAGGGGCGGUCGCAGCCGCAGCUUCAGCCGAGUGCUGUCCCUGUUGCCGCUGCCUGCCAGUCUGCUGCUGGCUGCGGCGGGUCUUCGGAGCGAGGGCGAGGCACCGGAGAGGGCCGGCGGCGGGGACGCCAAUGCAGGUGGCAGAGGCAGCGGCGGCGCAAAUGGUGGUGGUGCUGCUGCUGGUGCUGCGGCAGCGGCGGAUUGCGGCGCCGCAGCGGUGCCGCCGGUGUUGGUCAGCGGCCGCUGUGUGGGCAGCAGCCUGUUUUACGGAUUGGAGGAACUGGAGUUGGGGGAGCUGGAGGGCAAGGCGACGGCGGCCACUGCAGCGCCCAGCAGCUCACCGCGGCGCGAGGGCGGAGGGCCACAGGCGGUGAACCUGGGCGCGAGGCAGCAGCAGCGGCAGGGUGCUGCGGCGCCGCCCGUGCCGCCCGUGCCGCCGGGCGGGCGGGAGCUGCUGGAAACCGCAGCCUCCUUGCCCGAAGCGCCUCAGAAAGCAACGUCGGCGGCGCAGGUGCAGCAACGUGCGACUGCGUCGACACCGCUCUCGCAGCACCAGCAGCCGCACCUUGGGUCGCCAGUGCCCUUUAACACACGGUCUCCGCCGACAGGCGCGGGGGCAGCCUCAGGUGUUCAGUCCAUCGCCGCAUCGCCGGCGCAGACCGCCAGCGGCAAUACGCUUAAUGAUGGCAGCGCUGUCAGCCGCAGCCGCGGCCAUGUCUCACCGAGCCUCCAGCUGCUGCCGCCUAAUCCACACGCACCAAUUGCAGCUGCUGUGCGUGCAUCCCCUGGCUCGGCAGUAGCAGCCAACGCAGCUGCGGCAGCGCAGCGACCUGCGUCCGCCGAGCCGGCCGCCGCCGCUGCUACAGCCCCUGCUGCAGCUGCCACGGCGCCCACAACGAAUGGCACCUCCGGCGGUGGCCGCGGCGUGACACGGUUCGUGCUGUCGUCAUUGAUGCGGCUACAGAGCCCCGACGACGGCACGUCACUGCCCGUGCACCACUUCCAACUACGGCCGAACGGGAUGCUACAGCCGCCGCCAUCCAGCAGCCCGCCGGCGGCGGCGUCUGAGAUGGCGGCGCCUGAAACGCCCCGGCACCAAGUCGUGGCGGCGCCGCCCUGGGCCGCUUGGGCGCAGCCGCCGCAGGCUGUGCUACGGCCUCUGCUACAGCCGCCGGCGGAGCUUGCAGUGGCGGCGGUCGUCAACGCCGCAGACACCACCACCACCAGCACCAGCACCAGCACUAGGACCAGCAGCACCGUCACGACCAGUAGCGCUGAUGCCACCGCAACCACUGCGACCACUGGUACUGCUGCUGAGGCGUCGGGCGCUGCUGGCGACACCGGUGCUACAGCCGGAGUUGUUGGGGCCGCACCCGCAGCAGUGCAUACUGGGCCUGCAGCAGCAAACGGCGGCCGCCUGUCAGCCGCGGCCGCUGCUGAUGAGGCUGCUGCGGCUAGAGGGGCUGGAGGGACCCCUACAGCAGCCAAAGGAGGAGGAGGAGGAGGAGGAGGAGGAGGAGGAGGAGGAGGAAGGGGAGGUGGUAGAGACGGUGGGUUGGAGGCUGGCGGCCUGCCUGCAAAGCAGCCGCUGGCUGCUGCUGAUGCUACUGCCGCCGCCGCCCGCACAAGCGCCGCCAGCAGCAGUCGUACCUCCACACCCUCGUCAACGGUGAUGGCGCCGCCAGCAGCAGCACUGCAGGCCGGCACCGGUGGCGGCGGCGCAGAGGGCGGCGGUGCGGAUGGCGGCGGCGCGGAUGCGGCACUGCUGCCGGUGCAGCCGCAAUCGCAAGGCCCGCAGGCGCAUGCGGACUACGGCACAGGCAGCGCACCAGUAGCCGUGGCGGCGCCUGCUGUGGCUGUAGCUGGUGCUGCAGCACCUGCUACUGCCGCUACUGCCGACCAGCAAGAAGCCACGUCUCAGAGGCGACGGCUGCUACAGCGCUGGGAGGACGACGAUGAUGUGCUAUUUGCGUCUGAAACUCUGGAGGAGUUGGAAGACGGCGAGGCGGCGGCGGCGGCGGUGGAUGCGGCGGUGGCAGCGGUGGGGGUGACGGGGGCGGGUGUAUCCCCGGCGGCUGCAGGUGCAAUGGCUAUGUCGCCAGCGGUCACCACGGCGUUGCAUCAGCAGCUGCUGCAGCUACUCAUGUUGCAGCAGCAGCAGCAGCAGCAGCAGCAGCGGGAGGGCAGCGGCGGCGCGAUAGCCGGCGGCGGCGCCGCGACAGCCAGCGGCGGCUGGGGGGCUGGACUGGCAGGAGCAGGAGCAGGGGUAGCAGGGGGCAGCAGCCCGGCACUGUUGGAACCCCCCGGCCACUGGCGGUUGGCGGCGGGAGAUGGCCAAGCGCCGGUGCCGGCGCUACCGCCGCCGUCGGCUCCAGCAGCCCCGGCACCGGGCCGGGCACCCCCUGCUGUGGGGGCCGGUCUGACCAUGGCGCCGCAAGGGGCAUUGGCACCUCUGGUGGUAGACAGGCAUGGCUUGUCGGGAGCAGGCGCAAGAGCGGUCCCGAGGGCACCCGGUGCCGCCGCCGCCGCCGCCGCCACCAGCAGCCAGCGCCUGCACCCUGGCUGUUUGGUGCUGUCCCUACCCCUUGCAGCGGAAGCCGGCGUGUCCACGUUGCCACUGCCGCAGCACCAGCAGCACCAGCAGCAGGCGCAGUUGCAGGCCACGUCAGCGCCGCCGCCGCCACCGGGGACCAGCAGUGCCGUACAGGGCCCGCAGGCUGGCGCGGUGGCCGCUGCUACGGCUGCGGCGGCUGCGCCGCGGCCAGGGCAAACGACCGCUACAAGCCCCGACGAGGGCAGGGGCGCAGUGGGCGCGCCACCGCCACCGCCGCACCCGCAGCCGCAACGGCAGCCUGCGCAGGCCAUGCCACCGCACCCUGCACCACAAUUGCAGCCAUCGCCAUUGCAGACGUCGACGCAGACGCUACAGGCGGCCUUGUCGCAGCCACUGCUGCUGGCGAUGCUGCAGCUGACGCAACACCUGGCAGCCACCCCGCCGCCCCCGCAAUCCGGACCAGCAACCAACGAGCCCGCACGAAGAGCGGACACAGACCGCCCUGCUGGCCCUGCUGCGUCGCGAUCGUCCCCGCCUGCUACGGCCGCCGGACGUAGCUCCACGCUUAACCUGGCCGGCCGUGCUACUGCCGCUGCUGCCGCUACCCCUGCGACCGCCGGCCCGCCGCCCCGCAUCCCCGUGGUCGCAGUGCUCCCGCCAGGCAGCGGCGGCAGGUACGCUUCCGGCGGCGCAGCCGGCGGCAGUAGCAGCUGCGCAGGAGGCGGCAGUAGCACCGGGGGAGGCGCUGCCGGCAACAACCGCACAAAGAGCUCCUCGUAUGAGGGCUUGCCGCUGGUUUGUGCCAUCCCGGCGCCGCGCCCGCCCAUCCGGCCGCCGCCCACGUGCCGUGCCAAACCCGGCACGUUUUACCCUUGGCGCCACCUGCGCGCCUUCGCGCCCUUCUUUGAUGACCCACCGCGGCCGCGCCGCGUGCGUGUACGGCGUGCAGACCCGCCGCCCGGUGUGUUUGUGGGCUACCAUGGCAGCGGCGGCGGCGGCGGUGGUGGCGGCGGUGCUGCUGCUAGGAGCCAUGGAGCUGGGAGUGGGGCCGGCGGAGGAGGUGGCGGAGGCGGAAGCAACCUUGUGGGAGAUGGGGACAUGCUGGCGGCCGGCACGAAGGGCACUGUGAAGCAGCAGCCAGGCGGCGGCAAGAAGGGCAAGACCGCCACCGCUGGCGGCGAGGCAGCCCGGCCGCCAAGGCCGCCGCCCGCCAAGAAGGUAUUAGCAGCAGGCAGCAGGAUGGCAGCACCUGGAGCCAGCGCGGCGGCGGCGGUGGCGGCGGCGGCGCGGCCGGCGUCAACGCCGUCAGCACCGCUCCUGUCCGCAGAUGCCAUAGCCGCCGCUAAGGCUGCGGCAGUGGCGCACGCAACCGCAGCGUUCGCGGCAAGGAGCAAUGGCGGCGCCCACGCCGCACACGCCCUUCCGGACUUAGCCGGAAAGCCGCUGCCGCAGGAGCGCCUGCCGCCGCCGCCGCCGCCGCCGCCGCACCAGGAGGAGGAGGAGGCUCAGGCGCAGGCGGGCACCCAGCUGCCGCCGUACCCACUGGCCCUGUCCCAGCCGGCAUCUGGCGUGCCGUUGCUCCACGCCGCCCUCCCUGGAACCCGGGCGCCGCCAUCGCCAGCCGCGGAGGCUGUAGCUGCUUGCGCGCCGGUGGCUGUAGCACGGCCGCGGGAGGCUGCAGCGCCAACACAGCUUUUCACGUCUUCGCAAGGAGCUUCCUCUUCCGCGGCAGUGCUUAUGGGCCCACCAAUGCCGGCACUGCAACAGCCGCCGCAGCUGCCACUGCCGCCGCAGCUGCAGCUUCAACCGCAGACUCAGCUGCUGCAGCAUGUGCACCCGAACCCGUACCGCCCGCAACCACCACAGCCGUCGGCGCAACCGCCGCCGCCGCCGCCGCCGCCACAUUCCUACUUCCAACAGUACGAGCGGCGCCAGGCGCAGGGGCCGGGACUGCAGCGAAUGGCGCCGCCGCCGCCGCCACCGCCACCGCCCCAACUGCAGCUGCGGCCGCAGAUGCCGGCGGCUGCGGCACCUCUCUUCCCGGACCUGCGGCCGCCGCCGCCACCGCAACCACCACAGCACCCGCCGGCCUGGCCGGGAGUGGCGGUGGGGCCGCCGCCGCCGCCGCAGGAGCGGAUGGGCCAACGGCCGUGGCCGCCACAGCUUCCACCACUGCCACCGCCGCCGCGGGGAUCUGGAAGUCCUGCCCCGGGCGGAAUGGUGGUUUAGGCACGUUGGCAUGUUUUUAUUCAAGACAGGAAGAGCCCUAGCCAAAGUAUCGGGUACGUGUACGGCAUGUAGCGUGUGGGUACGUGUCGUGCUGCAGGUGUGGGUACGUUGUAAAUGUGGUGGUGUCAUUGUGCUCCGUGACCCAGCCGCAGUUGCAGGCGGCAUGACUCAGCCGUCAGCGUGAUACUGUGCUGUGCUAGUAGUGUGAGGUGAGACCGGGAGAAACGAGGAAGCAGUAGUGUGCGAACACCGCGUGGCGGUUGCUGGCUUUUGGCCGCGCCAGCACAGGCGCGCGUCAUGACGUCGUCUUGCCGGGGAUUGGUGGGCGAGGAGCGGCAGGGCUUUACCUGUUUGAGAAUUUGAGGUGUAGUACCGUGUACUUGGAUUCAUUGUGCGCGGGGCGGGGGCGCCUACUGUAGGGACGGCAACUCGCGCCUAUCAGAACCAUAAGCAUGGGGACCCGUAGACCCGGCAUGCGUGCUCCCGCAACGCGUUUGUGACCGCUGCAUGGGGCGCUGGUGAUUGCGUGGCUGAAGUUUGAUUGGAUCCAAUGAUGGGAGACACAUAGCGCGGGGUGCGGGGUUUGCGGCGGGUGGGGGUGAUGGCCGGAUUGAGGUCCAGAGGUCCGGAGGGCGCCAGGAU